UGCCAAGCCUUCAGUUCUCCCACCUAUCCUUGCCUGCCGAACGUCGUCCGCUCCCUGCGCGAUGACGGAGCUCGUGGAAGCUCCCUUCGUCUUCAUGUCACGGACCUGUCAUUUUGUCAGAUUCCGGCCUUUCAUCUGCCACCUUCGCCGGAAUUCCACCGCAUCAGUGCACAGCAGCGAAGUCAGCAAACAACACCUUUCACUUUGAAUAACACAUCCUAUCGAAGCCACGUUAUGGUGGCUGAAACCCUUCUUUAGCUUUGCUUUCUACCAUGUGUCGAACUACGUUUCCGAAACGGUCUCGUUCGUUUGCAUGCUGUACCUAGGAGUUCUUGACCUUUGUUGAAAGUAACAUAUACAAUUUGCGACACUUUCAUAUUCCAUACUAUGCUUCCUAAUCUCCGACCAUCGCUUGGUGUAGCUUCUACAGUGAUCGGGCAACGGACCGGUCUCGCAGCUGUCGUAGGCAUCCAGGCAGUCGCUGCUACGUCUGGAGCUUUUCGAACAUGCGCACGCCUCAGCACAGCAUUAUCCCCAACAGCGGUCACCUCACAAGCCAGCCGAAGCAUCAUACACGACAACCCAACCUUCCAGCAGCCCCGAGCAGCGAGCCCUACCUUCACACCGACGCCAACACCAUGGCGACCGACGACAACCCGCCUACCCCCAAUCACCGGCCCUCCUCCAUGGGCACAACAACGGCGCUUCGCCUCAGACUGGUGGAACCGCUCCUUUAACGAGCGUGCCGACCCCUACGGCGUCCACCGCCGCUACGCCGACCCGCUCUUCACGAACCAAGACCUCAAGCGGGCCGCUCGGCACCAAAACACCAAAUAUCUUCUCGUCUUCUGCGUCGCGGGAACCGUCAUCUUCUACUUCAUCAACCUCGAGACGGUGCCCGUUUCGGGCCGUACGCGCUUCAACAUCUACUCGCGCAAGCUGGUACUCGAGGCCGGCGAACUCUCCUUCCGCCGCUUACUGUACGAUUUGCAAAAGCAAGGCGUCGCCAUCCUGCCUGACUGGGACUGGCGCACGCAGCGCGUGAAGCGGGUGAUGGCGAAGCUGAUUCCCUUUAGCGGCAUGAAAGACGAAAAAUGGGAAAUUUUCGUGAUUGAUGAUCCGCACAAGGCCAACGCGUUCGUUUUGCCGGGAGGGAAGGUGUUUGUUUUCAGCGGGAUAUUGAACCUAGCCAGGACAGACUCGCAGUUGGCGACGGUGCUCGGUCACGAGAUUGCACAUAACGUCGCCGACCAUGUUGGCGAGCGCAUGUCGCAGACCCUGGGCCUGAAUAUCCUGCUCUAUAGUCUGGUGGUGCUCUGCGGCGCUUUGGGGCUUGGGGCCAUCAUCGCCCAGUUUGCGGGCGCGUGGGCGCUCGACACUGCGAUCUCGAACCCGAUGAGCCGCAAGCAGGAGAGCGAGGCGGAUUAUAUCGGCUUGAUGAUGAUGGCGGAGGCAUGCUAUGAUCCGCGGGAGGCGGUAACGUUUUGGGAGAAGAUGGAAAGGAUGUCAAAAGGAGAAGUGCCCGAGUGGAUGAGCACGCAUCCUUCGCACUCGAACAGAAUCGAAAAGAUCCUAGAGUGGUUGCCAGAAGCCCUGGAAAAGAGGGAGAGGAGUGAUUGCCGUACUACUUCCUCGUUUGCGGACCUCUUCAGGCAGGCGUUGUUGAAUGGUGCCAUAGAAAUUCGCCAGUAUUAGACUCGCUUCAGAGACUCAAUCUACUUCUGGAUAACGUCGUGAUCGCAUAAACAAGGGUACCAAUGGGCGGAAGUGAUAUCAUAGGUAGCGAGGCGUUUUGUCUUUUUCUGGGAAUACCAUGGAUCAAUGGACAUACAACACUUUGGAGAUUACAAUAAGGUUGAGGAGAUAUUAGACCACAGGAUUUUUGUACAAAUGAAAUUCCUACGGCGGGAGGCCAGUAACAAGUCUCAGGUGGCGACAUCCCAGUUUCUUUCACACAUAGACACUAUCGGCCGCCCACCGGGAUACUCCAUGCCCGUACCUAGUAACUGGCUUAGCCUCUUAUUAGUCUCGAUAUAUGGUAUAUGAAUCUGAAUGCAACGGAUCUUCGGGGUAUCUUCGCUCAAAAUACAUCAACACCUUUGUCCGGU